CCACACGAAAGGUUUUAGUUCGCAAAUUAUUAUUAAACUAAGUAAACAGCCUACACAACUUAAUAAUAUGUAUUAUAUUACAGCAUGUGAUAGUGGCGUGAAUAUUUCUGUACUGGUGUGAUCUCUGAAUUCGUUUCAUAUCAUGAGAUCUUCUCAGGUUGCUGUUUUUUACUGUCUUCCGUCACUUCUCACAAAACGAAAGUGCACAACUCGCUAGCAAGGAUGGACAGGACGCAUUUGCUGAGUGACCAGGAUGAAGCUGCUCCAUCGUGUCCUGCUGGAUCUCACGCAGAUCCGAGGGAUGGGGCGACGGCUCCUCCUGCAGAUUCGAUGCCUGUGGUUCCUGGAUACGAGAGUUUGGGGCCUAACGUUAUUCCACCAUCAGAUUUCGGAUCGGCGCAACCACCAGCCCCAUCCAGAGCUCCUGAGAGACGCUUUGACAUUCCUGCCAUCACUGAAGAACUCGCUCAGGAGGCCUUCAUAAAAUACGCCAGCAGCAAAUGCUGUUACAGCUCGAAACCAGCCAAAGAGAUGGUGUUCACAGACCUGCAGUCGCUCAACACAUACCGGUACCGGUUGGAGACUUUUACCGAGUCCAGAACAACAGAAUGGGACAGUGAACCAUACAAUGGUCAGGUGGUGGAUGGUUUCGGAGUGGCUCCUGCUCCGUGGAGCAUCCCGGUGCCCAUUCCUUCCCUCUUCCAAGACUGCGAGAAAGCCGUCCGCGUUCCUCACACGUCCACCAUCAAAGGCUGUCAUUCCUGCCUGAAUCUGGGUAGAUCUGCUUGCAGGAGAUGUGUGAACUCAGGCAGGACUCAAUGUCCGUACUGCGGUGGCCUGGGGAGAACCGGCUCCAGUCGCUGCAGUCCGUGUCAGGGCUCAGGCAUGACAAGGUGUCAUUCCUGUGGAGGAGUUGGUUCAACCACUUGCGAAACUUGUAAAGGGCAGGGAAAGCUCCUCUGCUUUAUCAAACUUAAAAUCACAUGGAAGAACAACGUUUAUGUGGCGGUGAUCGACAAGGGCUCGGGAUUCCCGGUUGAGCUUCUUGAUCGAAUAAGUGGAGAGAAACUUCUUACUGAUAUGGCUCCAAUGGUUUAUCCAGUUGUCAGUUUUCCGGACAGCUCUGUGAACGCCGAGUCUGAAAGUGGCGUGAGGGAACAUCAGGCUCAGUUCUCAACCACGUGCCGUAUUCUGCAACAGAGGCAGACCAUUGAGCUCAUUCCCAUCACGCGAGUGCAUUAUGUCUGGAAAGAGAAAACCCACAUUUAUUUUGUGUAUGGAACCGAACACAAAGUCUACACCAAAGACUAUCCUGUCAAAUGCUGCUGUUGCUCCAUCAUUUAGGGGGAUUUUUUUUUUUUUUCGCAGUUUAUAUUUUUAUAGCUCAUGUCUCACUUCUGUCUUUUUUCCUUGUAGAAUUGUGAGAAAGUCGGAAUUGCAAGAUAAAACACUCGCUAUCCUGACUUUUCUCGGCUUUCAAAUGUAAACUUGCAGUUGCGAGAAAUAAACUUGCAAUUCUGAUAAAAAGUGUCAAAAUUGUGAGCUAUAAACUCAUGCUUGUAAGAAAAAAGUUAUUCUGUGGUGGAAGCAAUAAAAAAAGAAUCUUUUCUUUUUAUUUUCCUUGUAUUUUGGAUAAAAUAUUAUGUUAAGGUAUAUUGUUUUUCUUUUUUUUCUUUCUUUUUUUUAAUACAAAAAUCACCAUGUCUGCUCAGUUGUAACACAGAGAUAAUUAUGAAAAAAAUUGCAAUACAUUACACACAUUUUUGCUUGGUUUUAUGUUAUACAGUAAUUUGUAUAUGCAUUGCUACACUAUGACUAAUUCUAUACUGUCCUGAACUAAUAAAUUACCUAGAAAACUCUAUACUCGAUCUCA